GCGAUGGUUCGAUGGCUCUAGGAGCGGGCACGGUGGGGGUGGGCAGGGGGAUCGGACGAGGUGAUCUCCUCCAACCUCUGCGAUUCUGCCGGGGCCGGGCACAGAACGGGGUUGGGAGCUGCGGGCCGGGAGGGAGCAACGCGGGCUCACAAGGAACGGCGUUGCCAUGGCCCUCCUCGUGCAGGUGCAGGAGUGGAACGUGGAACCCCCCCACCUGAUGCCGCUGCAGCCGCCGCUGCUCCCCGAGCGGGCGCACGUGCGGGAAGCGCAGCUGCACUCGGCCGAGGCGUCGCUGUGGACGGUGGUGGCCACGGUGCAGGCGAUGGAGAGGAAGAUCGACCUGCUGGCCACGCGGCUGCUCAGCCUGGAGGGCCGCUCGGGGACGGCCGAGAAGAAGCUCCUGGACUGUGAGAAAACCGCCAUGGAGUUCGGCAACCAGCUGGAGAGCAAAUGGGCCGUGCUGGGCACCCUCAUCCAGGAGUACGGGCUGCUGCAGCGGCGGCUGGAGCACGUGGAGAACCUGCUGAAGAACAGGAACUUCUGGGUGCUGCGCCUGCCCCCCGGCCCCCGCGGGGAGGUGCCCAAGGUGCCGGUGACGUUUGUUGACAUCGCCGUCUACUUCUCGGCGGAGGAGUGGAAGAAUUUGGAGGAGUGGCAGAAGGAGCUGUACAACAACCUGGUGAAGGAGAACUACGAGUCGCUCAUCUCCCUGGAUGCGGCGCUGUCCAGGAGCGACACACAGCCCCGGCUGGAGCGUGGGGACGUGCCCUGCGUCCCCGAACAGCAGGACCUGGAGCAGCGCGAGAUGCCGGCGGAUGCCUGUGCGGAGCCGCUCAUCUCCACCUCCGACAUCCUGUCCCGGAUCAAGCAGGAGGUGGCAUUUGUUGGGGAGCAGCAGUUUGGGGAGGACCGGGGGAUGCCCACAGACCCCUGCGCAGGUGCAGAUGCCCUGAUCACCGCUCACGACUUCUUGUCGUGGAUCAAGCAGGAGGAGGAACCGUGUGUCAGGGAACCCUGGGAGCUGCCGGAGAGGGAAAUCCUGCCCGGCCCUGGCCCUGGUCCCGGCCCUGCCGGCGAGGGGCUGCUGGUGAAGAUGGAGGAGCAGCGGUGUCCCCGUGCUGAGCCCACCGAGGACGUGCUGCCGGGCGCCUCGGGCGAGCUGCUCUUCCCGGCCCCGGGCUUCGGGACCCCGGAGGGACAGGCGGUGCCGGUGGCGGCCGGGGGCAGCAUGGCAGCACAGCACAGACUGAGCAAAGCGCUGAGCGCCGAACCGGGGCCGGCGGCCGAGCCGGCGGGUGUCCCGGUGCCGGUGUCGGAGGAGCGUCCGCACGGCUGCAGCGAGUGCGGGAAGAGCUUCAGUGGGAAGAAGAGCCUCCGGAUCCACCAGCGCAGCCACGCGGCCGAGCGGCCCUACCCCUGCGCCGAGUGCGGCAAGAGCUUCAACUGCCACUCGGGGUUGGUGCGGCACCAGAUGAUCCACCGCGGCGAGCGGCCCUACAAGUGCACCGAGUGCGGCAAGUGCUACAGCCGCAAGGAGCACCUGCAGAACCACCAGCGGCUGCACACGGGCGAGCGGCCCUUCGUCUGCGCCGCCUGCGGGAAGAGCUUCAUCCGCAAGCAGAACCUGCUCAAGCACCAGCGCAUCCACACGGGCGAGCGGCCCUACCAGUGCCCGGCCUGCGGCCGCAGCUUCCGCUACAAGGAGUCCCUCAAGGACCACCAACGCGUGCACGGGGCCGAAGCCGGACCCCCGCCGCCGCCGCAGCCCCCCGGGUUGCCCCCCGGAGAUUAGGGAGGGACGCCCCACGGCUGCGGACUGAGGGCCCCCCCACCCCCGGCACCGGGGGCACGUGUUGGCCACGGAGCUUUGUACCAAAUGCGGGCACCCGGCCCCGCCGAGGACGGACGCUCGUCAGCCCCAUGCUCGCCCCAACCCCGACAAUCCGGGGAACGACGGACGGGAGCUGCCACCGCCGGCCGUGUCCCCGUCCCCGCCUGCUGCUCU